UCUAGAGAGAAAACCAAUGACAAACACUGUCCGAAUAAUUAUUUCAAAGCAUAAUCCUUCAACACAUCAUACUUACUGGAACUGUCAGAGGGAUUACACCAUUGGUCCAGUUUGGUGAAAAAACGUAUGCAACACAAAUGGGUUCUAACCUGGUAAAAACAUGUUAGGGGCUGGAAGGACAAUUUGACCCAAUGAGAGUGCACACUGUGUGAGAGAGGAGAUUUGGGGUCUGUUUGUCAUCAUGAUGGGGGUGGCUGUCUGCUGUGGGACGGUGAACUCUAUCAAGGCACUGUGGGAAACCAGAAUAAAGAAAAGCAAGGAUGAACUGAAGAAAGAGAGAGAGCAGAGGGACAGGGGAGCGGUGGGUAGGCUGACAGGUGCCUGGGAGGAUCGUAUCACUUUGGCCAAGUUAAAGGAAAAAGUGGUGAUCGAGGAAGGACGUGUCAUCUUUCGGAUUGAAAAGGAGGAGUGGAAGACUCUUCCUGCAGCUCUAGUCCAGCUCACCCACAUCCAAGAAUGGCAAUUACACCGAACAGGACUUCAGAAAAUUGGACGAUUCAUCUCAAGCUUUGAGAAUCUCAUAGUCUUGGACUUGUCUCGUAACUCAGUCACAGAGAUUCCCAAAGAGAUUGGUAAACUAACACGGUUACGGGAGCUGUUGUUGAGCUACAACAGAGUGAGUUUUGUACCAGAAGAUAUCGGCCACUGUGAAAAUCUAGAAAAACUGGAAUUGGCAAUGAAUCAAGAUUUAGAUGAGCUGCCAGUCCAGCUCAGCAAUCUAAAGAAGUUGUAUCACCUGGACCUCUCCAUGAACCAAUUCACCACCAUUCCAGACUGUGUGGUUAACCUUCCUUCUCUGGAGUGGCUAGACAUGGGAAGCAACAGGUUGGAGAGUUUGCCAGAUGAUAUUCACAGAAUGGAGAAACUUCACACACUGUGGCUCCCAAGAAAUGAACUAGAAUACCUGCCAGACAAUAUCAGCCGCAUGCAAAGCCUGGAUACUCUAGUUCUGAGCAAAAAUAAACUACGAGACAUUCCUCCACUUAUGGAGGGCAUGAGUAACCUCAGGUUUGUGAAUUUCCGAGACAAUCCUUUGACAUACGACGUCACACUGCCCGAUUUAAAAGAGGAUGUGGCCGAGGAAGAUAACGACAGGGAGAUGUACGGUCGCGAGUUCAUGCACUACUACAUCCAAGAGUCCCGAAAAAGAGGAUCCCAAACUUUCAUGUCAGUACUAAAUGUGAUGUUGGAUGCUGUGCCAGAGAUAGCAUCGUCUUUGUGACUUGCUUGCUGGCUACUUUCUGCUCGUCUGCCUUCAAAGGGCUUGGCCUGAUCUUCUGGUUCAUCAAGCCAAGUGUUG